UCAUAAAAGUUCAGAAAGUCCAGUCAGCGGCAACAGAACGUCUGGAAUAAACGGUUCCUGCGGUCCGACAUCGAUUUUUGCGACACUUUCGCCUCAGAACUCUUCUUAAGUUUAGCUUGAAGCGACUCAACACUGCACUUCACGACCUCUCAAGUACUUUACUCUGAAAAGCGAGUUUUGACUUCUCCACCCGCUCCAGAAGCGUAAAAACAUAACUCGAGCUGAUGGCCAUGCACCAGCGGAUCCUGCGGGCCCUCGGGAACGGCCCCGCGCGGAGGAACCUCUUCGGCCCGGUGGACCGCGAGCAGCUCCAGCUGGAGUACCACGACGCCCUGAGGAAAGACCUGGAGGAGGCGUCUCGCCGCUGGGCCUUCGACUUCGCCACCGAGACGCCUCUGGAGGGCGGAGCCUAUCGGUGGGAGGGCGUGUCCGGGGUCAAGGUGCCCGUCCUGUACCGCGCCUGUCAGGACGAGAAGGAGAACGUCCCCAGAACCCCCCGGAGGUUCGGCGCCGUCCCGCAGGACGUGGAGAAGACGCCGGAGAAGAGGGCGGAGCUGAAGAGGAAACAGACCAAUAUCACGGAUUUCUACCAAGCGAAGAAGAGAGUAGUGGCCACACCCCGCAAAUCAGGACAAUAAUAACACACACACACACACACACACACACUCAGGACUCUUGUUCUCAGGAGGAACUCUGUUUUUUACGCCAUCAUCUACCUUCAUGAGUGUUUUCAGUCGUGUGAGUCACGGACCGAACGCAAGAAACACGUGACGGACCGCUCUUUUUUUUUUUUUUAAUUUUCCAUCAUGUUUUCGUGAAUGUUACUCGUCUGUGGGAAGUAGUCUCUCUGUCAUUUCCUCUUCCUUUUCGUCUUCGCAUGUCAACGGUUAACGCUUGUACAAAUUUCCGUUAAAGAAAAUCCGUUAAAAUCCUUUAAAGUCAACUCGAUUCUGGGAAGGUUUCAGAAUCCGUCUCUCAGCGGGACCGCAAAAUUAUAACGAAAGUUUCUUUACGAACUUUCAGUGUCCGUGUACACAAAUAUAUUGCUUUAUUGCACAAUACCUGUAGCUAAUUUUAAAAACUAACGUUUGGUGCCAAAAGUUAUUUUUUUGACAUAUAAAAGUUAUUUAUAACUCUAACCCUUCUAAGCUGAACUCUCAUAAAGGAGCUGCAAUUACGUUUUUUACAACGUACAGUUAUUGACGAACACUUGACGUCGUUCGUGAAACUCCAGCAGAAUGAAUUCUAAACCAAUUCUUCGCAAAUCUUUGCUUCUGCUCGCGUUCCUCGAACGCCGGCGCUGCUAAAACUACAGCAUAUUUACAAACACAGCGUUCCUUGUAGUCACGGAAACACAAGUAACGCUAGCUUGAAAUAAACGCAAUCACGGACACGAACGCUAAUUGAGAUGCUGGAUAUAUUUCUCAUUCCAACCAAUCUGCUCUUGAUCCUCAUCCUGAUACUUGUAGAUUUCUGGGAUCUGUCUGUAAAUACCCUGUUAAUAUCUGGAUUAUCCGCCGUCGAUGGAAAAUUGCACUUAUUAUUUUGAGUAGUGUAGCUGGCGCGUGUCUGUUAUUGUUCAAGAGCUCAGAAUAUAUGCUGUAUUUAUUUUACGAAUAAAUAUUGUCCUGUAGAUUGACAUGUAAUUGUUCUUGUAAUAAAACUGUUUAUAAAGAAAAA